GUAUUGCACACCUCUAAAAAAAACACUGCCUCUGAUUUAUCAAUAUAAAAAAGAUCCUCUGAGAGGAGGAGGGCACUUUUGUGUGAUGGCAACUUCACUUCUAGGGGAAGAACCGAGGUUGGGAUCGACUCCUCUGGCCAUGCUUGCUGCUACCUGUAAUAAGAUCGGUAGCCCCAGCCCAUCUCCCUCCUCCCUCUCGGACAGCUCUUCUUCCUUCGGCAAAGGCUUCCACCCCUGGAAACGCUCCUCGUCCUCUUCUUCCUCCAGCUGCAACGUAGUGGGUUCCAGUCUCUCAAGCUUCGGCGUGUCCGGGGCCUCCAGGAACGGCGGUUCGUCCUCAGCGGCUGCGGCGGCCGCUGCAGCAGCUGCGGGCUGCGGCAAGGUGUAUGGCAAGACUUCGCACCUCAAGGCGCACCUGCGCUGGCACACGGGCGAGCGGCCCUUCGUGUGCAACUGGCUCUUCUGCGGCAAGCGCUUCACGCGCUCCGACGAGCUGCAGCGGCACCUGCGGACCCACACCGGCGAGAAACGCUUCGCCUGUCCAGUUUGCAAUAAGCGCUUCAUGCGCAGCGACCACCUCAGCAAGCACGUGAAGACGCACAGCGGCGGCGGCGGCGGCGGCUCGGCGGGCUCAGGCAGCGGCGGCAAGAAGGGCAGCGACACCGACAGCGAGCACAGCGCAGCGGGCAGCCCGCCCUGCCACUCCCCAGAGCUGCUGCAGCCCCCCGAGCCCGGGCACCGCAACGGCCUAGAGUGACGCCCACCCUGCGCCCGCCUCUCUCCCCGACCUCCUCCCACCGAGUCCUCUUGGGCCCUGUCUGUCCCGGCUUCAACUCCAGCCUCUCCCUAUUGCAUCCGACUCGCUCUCUGUCUCUUUCUGUUUCUGCCCCUCCUCUUCCUUCUGUGACUUAACUUUGUAAAGGGGAUAUGGACAUGUAAGUAAAA